AUGAAUUAUCAAUCUUCUUUAUCAGUUCGUCCAUUAUCUAUUCCUCCUUUGAGCUAUGUUAUGGCAUCAACAUAUACAUUUGAAGUUGCAAAACAUUCUAUGGACUAUAUAUUUGAAAAAGACAGAGACUACAGUUACAGAUGCAGUGAAGUAAACAGCAUGGGAGCAACAUAUUGUAAAAGAGAAAGAAAAUCUGAAAGAUUGGAUUCUUUCUUUGCACAAAGUCAUCUUUCCUAUGAUGUUGUUAUGCAAGAAAUAUAUUACUGGUUAAACCGGAUUCCUAGAAUGACAAUGGGAGUUAUGCUUGAUGUUUCUCCAGAAACUAUAAGACAUCUCAUUGCUAGUAUUCACCAAUUGAUUCAAAUGGAUUUAACAAACAAUGAUAUGAGAAUUGGAGGUAUUGAUGUCAAUAGUCAAUUCAUUAUUGUUGAAAUUGAUGAAAGUAAAUUUGGAAAGAGGAAACAUCACCAAAGACAUCGAGUAGAAGGUGUUUGGGUUCUGGGGAGUACUGAGAAAACAGCAGAACGAAAAACAUUUUUGGUGACAGUUCCUCAGAGAGAUGCUGCAACUCUCCUACAAGCUGUAUAUGGGGGAUUGUCAUCAGUGGUUGAUAUGAACUAUACUCAUAGAACAGUCAAUCACAAUGUUGAGUAUGUUAUAUCUGAUGGUCUGUGGAAUGGAAUAAAAAUGAACUGCAAGGCCAGAUUGUGA